AUGAUGGAAUCGAAUCCCUACUUCGCAGUGAGCGGCGGCGGCGGCGGCGGCGGCGCCUCCUCCUACCAGUCCUCUUAUGCCAGCAGCAGCUACGGCCCCAGGGAGACCACCACCUAUGCAACCGCCCUCGCCGGAUAUCCCGGCGGCGCCGCCGCCUACUCCUUCCCCAUCGUCCGUCUCCGGGGCCUCCCUUUCAACUGCACCGACCUUGACAUUUACAGAUUCUUCUCCGGCCUCGAUGUCGUCGACUGCCUGCUGACCAACAAGAGCGGCCGCUUCUCCGGCGAGGCCUUCGUGCUCUUCGCCGCCCCUGUCCACGCCGAGCUCGCCCUCCAGAGAGACCGCCUCAACAUGGGCCGCCGCUACGUUGAGGUCUUCCGCUGCAAGAAGCAGGACUACUACCACGCCAUCGCCGCCGAGCUCGCCACCGACCACCACCGCGGCGCCUCCGCCGGCUCCCCGCCGCCGCCGCCGCCGCCGUCGAAGAGGCCCCGCCAGGAGGACCAGCACCAGAUGGAGUACACGGAGAUCCUCAAGCUGAGGGGGCUCCCCUUUUCGGCCUCCCGCGCCGACAUCGUUGACUUCUUUGCCGGCUUUGACCUCCCGGAGGACAAGGUCCACAUCGCCCUCCGCGCCGACGGCAAGGCCACUGGCGAGGCCUUCGUGGAGUUUCCCUCUGCGGAGGAGGCGAAGCGGGCGAUGAACAAGGACAGGAUGACCAUCGGCUCCCGCUACGUCGAGCUCUUCCCUUCUACCCCCGAGGAGGCCUCCCGGGCCCACUCCCGCUCCCGCCAGUAG